GCGGCAAGAGCACACCUGAGCUGAGGCUGAAGGUGGGGGUAGUUUUCUAGGCCGUUGCCAGGGUGAUGCCACCUGAGCUGGGCGCCAGGCACCUGUCGUCCGGGGAACAGUGCGGGCGGGGCCCUUCCCCGGGGAGCUAGCAGGGCCAGUGGGCUGAGACGGAGGAUGGAUCAGAUUCCAGAGAGUCCCGGGUAGGCGGGGGUGGGCGAUACUUGGGGAGCUGGGGCAUGUUUGCAUCAUGAAACUGGGCAGGGGGGACAGCAGAGUCGGCCGGGGAGGGGCUGUGGGAGGAUAAGGCUCAGGAAGGCAGGCCAAAGCCCCCUGCAUGCAUUUCUGUCGUGAGCCUGUUACUUUUUUGACCCCCAUUCCCUUUCUUCUUCUUUAGCUGGUCCUCCAUCUUCCCUUCCUUUGCCCUUGGUUCCCACAUGCCUGGACGCUCUUCCUCCCCCGUCCACUGUUAGCCACAGUGUCCCCUGCUGACCGCAAGGCCACUCAUCCACCUGCUGCCUACCAGCCCCCAGCCCCACACCCUCACUGUGGCUCAGGUCUCCCUUGUCCCAGCCUCCCUGCACUUCACUCUGCUCCUCCCCUACCUGGGCCUUAAAACCCCGCCUGCAGCCGGGAGCCGGCAGAGUCCCCAGGUGGCACCGUCAGAGGCUGAAUUGCUCAGUGGAAACCUGUGCCAGCCCGGAGGGGAUGAGGCUGUCCUCGGCCUGGUGGUGCUUCUGGAGGGCUCGUGUGAGCUCGGCCCAGGCAUGACUGCAGGGUGGGAAGAGCAGCAGCACCCUCGGGGCAUCUGAUGGGCAAGGGCCCCUCGAGGUGACACUCACCACUCAGCUGAGCAGAGCCGGGAGUCUGCUUUGUGAUCUGCGAGGAUCAGAGUCACCCGAAAGAGGCACAGAGAGACGCCAUUCAAGAGGCUUGUGGAACUGAGGACUGGCCUGGCCUGGGGACAACAACCAGGCUUCCCCCUUCUGCUGGGCACGAAGACCCCCACCUAGCACACCUGACACACCCGCUGAGUCACCCAGGCCGUCUGGGGGCUAAGAAGACCUAACCAAGGGGCCCGAUGGCUUCCGCUGGCCUAGAACUGUUGGGCAUGACGCUGGCUGUGCUGGGCUGGCUGGGAACGCUGGUGUCCUGCGCCCUGCCCCUGUGGAAGGUGACCGCCUUCAUCGGCAACAGCAUCGUGGUGGCCCAGGUGGUGUGGGAGGGGCUGUGGAUGUCCUGCGUGGUGCAGAGCACAGGCCAGAUGCAAUGCAAGGUGUAUGACUCCCUGCUGGCGCUGCCGCAGGACCUGCAGGCUGCUCGAGCCCUCUGUGUUGUGGCCCUCCUGCUGGCCCUGCUUGGCCUCCUGGUGGCCAUCACAGGUGCCCAAUGUACCACCUGCGUGGAGGACGAAGGCGCCAAGGCCCGAAUCGUGCUCACCGCGGGGGUCAUCCUCCUCCUCGCUGGCAUCCUAGUGCUCAUCCCCGUGUGCUGGACGGCGCAUGCCAUCAUCCAGGACUUCUACAACCCCCUGGUGGCCGAGGCCCUCAAGCGGGAGUUGGGGGCCUCCCUCUACCUGGGCUGGGCGGCGGCCGCACUGCUUAUGCUGGGCGGGGGGCUCCUCUGCUGCACGUGCCCCCCGCCCCAGGUGGAGCGGCCUCAGGGACCUAGGCUGGGCUACUCCAUCCCCUCCCGCUCAGGCGCAUCUGGACUGGACAAGAGGGACUAUGUGUGAGGCGGACAGUUCCCCCUCAGAGCCUGCUGCUCCCCCCUGCCCUGCACCUUCAGCCUUGACCAGAGGCCCUGCUCCACUACAAGUCCCUCCCCCAGGAAAACCCACUUUCCAAAAGCCCAAGCUACGCACGGCUGCAGGGCUGGGUCUGCUGGCCCGGCUGAGCUCUUCUCAGUGGCUCAGUGGGGUUCCCUUUGAUGUCCACCCCCCAGCUGCGCAGCCCAGAGAUGUUGGGCACCCUGGCCUUCCUUCUCUUCUGAGCCCGCCCCUGUCCCGGGAACCCUGGCUUCACCAAAAGGGCAGCAGCUCAUUGGCUCCAAAACCAAGCAGUUGACUGUGCCCUCCCAACCCUGGAGUUGGCAGGGAGAGUCUGCCCAUCACCUCCCGCUCCCUGACAUUGCCACCCGACACUGGGAAUAAAGAGAACAUUUGGAACUGG